UACUCUCCACAACAAAAUUAAACAUCUACGUUUUAUUACUACAAGCUUUCCUUCCUUCCCAAAUAAAAAAUGGCAAGUGCGUAUAAAUUAGUAGUUUUACUGAUAGUCUGUACUGGAUUAUUAGCUGAUGGGGAUGAUAAGAGCUUCGAUGACAAGUGUGGUGCGGAGUUUCAAAAGGUGGCAGCAUGUUUAACAUACGCGACGGGGAAGGCACCGUCGCCAUCGAAGGAGUGCUGCGAUGCGGCAAAGGAUAUAAAAGAGCAUGAACCGGUUUGCCUAUGCUACAUAAUAGAACAGAUCCAUAAAGGAUCAAGUCCUCAGUUGAAGAGUAUGGGCAUUCAAGAAGAUAAAUUGCUUCAGCUUCCUUCUGCGUGCAAGCUCACUAACGCUAGCAUCUCUAACUGCCCUAAGCUACUCAACAUUCCUCCAAAUUCUCCUGACUAUGCCAUCUUCACCAAUGCGACCAAAUCACCUAUAUCCACACCUGCCGGAUCUUCGUCAUCAUCAUCAUCGUCGUCGAUGGAUACUAAUAAAGACGUUUCCAAAGGAUUCAAGAACGGACCCAAGCUUUCAGUCGCCGGAACAGUUAUAGCUGCUGCACUUGUUGCAAUCUUUUUAGCUGUAAUUCCUAGGGAGCUACUAAUGUUUUGAUUUAACUAGAGCAAACAAAAAUUAGAUCACUUCUGUUGAUUGCCAGGUUUGGUUUAAUUUCCUUGAAGUGUUUGGUUGUAAGUCGUCUUGCUUUGUUUUAAUGAAUCGAUGUACGUACGUACGUAUGGAAUUAUGUUGUAUGGAUUUCUUUUGCCUGUACGAGACUAAAGAGAUGUUUGACCAUGUGAGUUAUUCAACUUUAUGUUUUUCACUUU